AUGGCCACAAUGAGGAUAAACAAUUAUAAUGUCAUCAUUCGGGGAAGUUUCCGUAUAGAUUUAGGCUAUUACGUUAGCUCGAGAAUUUACACAAUGCUCACUCGAAGAGUAGUGACUGCUGGUGGAGGUGCAUGUUCACGAAUGUGCAUCUCACCACCAGAGGAGAUCGAACUCUGGGGAUAUCCACUCUUAGCCGAUGAAAAAAGCGACGUAAUUCUCCUCAAGUUCUUGAGAGCUAGAGACUUCAAAGUAAAAGAAGCCUUGGCCAUGCUCAAAAGUGUUGUAGCCUGGAGAAAGAAGUUCAAAAUCAAUGAAUUACUAGAAGAGGAAGGUAUCUGUGAGGGGCUCGAAAGGGUAGCCUACAUUCAUGGAGUGGAUAAAGAAGGACACCCUGUUUGUUACAAUGCUUUUGGAGAGUUCCAGGACAAGGAAUUGUACAACAAAACUUUGUCGGAUGCAGUGAAGAGAUCCAAAUUUUUGAGAUGGUAUAUUCAGUUUCUCGAAAAGAAUAUAAGGAAACUUGAUUUCAGUCCUGAUGGUACAUGCACUAUUGUUCAAAUCACUGAUCUCAAGAGUUCACCUGGACUCUUCUUAUUCAAGACGGAACUUCGCCAAGCCACCAAUCAGGCCCUGCAAUUGCUCCAGGACAAUUAUCCCGAAUUUGUAGCCAAACAGGUGUUCAUCAAUGUUCCGUGGUGGUAUGUGGCCUACAAUAGGAUGAUCAGUCCGUUCUUGACCCAACGAACCAAGAGCAAGUUUGUGUUUGCAAGCCCAGCCAAGACUUCUGAGACCCUCUUCAAAUACAUAGCACCCGAGCAAGUACCAGUUCAAUAUGGUGGCCUUAGUAAAGAGGGUGAAACAGAAUUCACCACUGCUGAUCCUGCCACUGAGGAAACUAUUAAGCCAACUUCUAAGCACAUCGUUGAAUGGCCAAUCACCGAGGCUUGCACAUUGGAGUGGGAAGUAAGAGUACUAGGCUGGGAUGUGUCCUAUGGAGCAGAGUUUAUUCCCAGCACCGAGGGUGGGUACACUAAGAUCGUGCAAAAGUCCAGGAAGAUUGGACCGGCCGAUGAACAAGUAAUUAGCUGCAGCUUCGAAAUUGGCGAAGUCGGGAACGUUGUGCUGACAUUUGAUAACCAAACUUCUAAAAAGAAGAAGCUUCUUUACAGGUUCAAGACCAAGCACUCUGAGUGAGAAUUCUGAAUACAUCAGUGUCUCUUUUGUUCAUUCACAUAUUCUUUUUCUUUUAUUUAUAUUAAACUUAUUUGGGGAGUCAUUUUCCAUUUAUGUUGUUUUUUUAUAUAAUUAGAAUUCUGUUGUUGGAUUGGAAAUGUUGACAGAAUUUUUUUUUGUUCUGGCGUGUUAAUGUGAAGAAAACAUUUGUUGCUAGUUAA